AGGUCAGGACCUUGAGAAACAACUCCCGGCGACGUUCAAAUUGUCAAUGUCGACUACACCAAUAAAAGUUACAGGCGAACAGGAAGAAGAUGGUGAAGCAAGUAAACUACUAUUCCGUAGAAAGUAAGUAAAGGAAGUGUGCGACACUACUAGCGUCCUCGCAUCUAUAUGUUCCCGAGUUCUACUUGAUGGUGCAUCACACGACAGGCGAGAGUGUUUAAUUUUCACUACAAGACUUAAGGAACUUCGAUAUUAGAAGGGCAUAUCAGAGGACUUCUAAAACGACCCACCAGAUAGCGACGCCAUGGGCAUCAAAAAACCGGCGAAAAAGGCCGGCGGGAAGAAAAACCUGCCGGGCCAGAAACGCGACGCCCCUGCGGAUUUCAAGAAGGUGAAGCAGAAGGUGGGCAAAGCGAAAAAACAUGCGACUAACGCGACGCGGACGGAUUUCCGCGCGAAAAAGAUACAGAUGCCGACCCAGGCGGGGUUGCAGAAAGAUCACGAGGCAAGCCGGCAGCUGUUUAGCGGCGGUGGUGGAGGACGAACACCAAUGAAUAAUAGUUCUACUGGUCGUAACAAAAAAUCCUCCAGCACCCAACAUUUUCUUGAACAAAAUGGUAAAAACAACGACCCGCAGCCCCACAAGAACUUUUUCGACCCGAACCUGCUCCGUGUGAACAUUGAGCAGGAAUUUUUCCAGAAUUUGACCCACACAAACGCGAAAUUGCGGGAGACCGCGGUGGCGCAACUGCGGCAAUUCGUGCAGCAAUUGCUGAAACAGAUCCACCUCGUGCAGCAGCAGCAGCUGCAACUACAACAAGGUCGUGAUAGUACUAUCCCAGGGGACCACAGGAUGUUGAACGACCGCGGCGGAGCUUCUAGAAGUAGUAUAUCAAAUGCAAAUGUCCCUGGAUGUCUGGAAGAAUCCGAACUUGUGAUGCUGCAUUUGGAUUCCGAAAAUAUCUGUAUUGCAUGACCAGCAAAGGGAAUGCAAUUUUGGCUACGCGGAGAGGGCAUUUGUGAUGCGGAAUAGGCAUCGCGAAGCCCUCGACAAGUCUGUGAUGUUACUGCAUGCAUUACAUACAGACAUCAUGGCCCAUGCAAAAUGUGCAUGACAAGUCUCAGAAUCUUCCAGACCCAGACAUUUUUGCAAUCCAUACUGUACAACAGGGGACAUCAACUUGGCGUUGGCCGCACGGCAAUAUGUCAUUUCGCAGAUGAAUGUUCUCCUGUCCAUCAAAAUUCUUCGCCUUGUCACGGACCUGAGUCUCGCGGUUCGGAUAUCCUUUGUAAAAACGUCCCGACACCAGAGUUGUAAUGCAGAUUUGCAAAGACAGGAAGACUUGCAAUGCGCAUCCCCAUGAGAGCCAUUCCCAUUUCCCGACGUGUUUUGGAAUUUGUGAUGCAGUGAACAGGAUGAGCAGAUGAAUCUGUGACGCGGCUGCACUUGCUAACCUGCGCCACACUGCUGAGUGCAAUUUGUCAUGCGUGACUCACAAAACUCCUAGGCUUGUGUUGCAAAAUCUCCAUCCUAACUCUGGCGCGGGGACGUUUUUACACAGGAUAUCGGAAGGAAGUCUUGAAAUACUUGGAAGCGGUUUUGGCGGUCGUGCAGUCGGGACGUGGGUUAACAUCGUCAUCAACCUCUAGUAGCCCGGUGAACUGCAGCAGCAGCUCUCGUGGUCCCUUCGAUGCGCUCACUCCGUACUUCCCCUUGCUCCGGGUCCAGUUGAAAUCGGCGUUAUGCACUGCAAAAGUUGUAUAUUAAUCCGAUACUAGUACUAUGAAAGAUCGCAUCACAAAUUUCCCCAGCAUGAGAAAUGAAAUUUGUAAUGUGGAUUUAACUAUGACAAAAAAAUUUGUAAUGCAUAAAUGCGAAGAUUUUUAGUACGAGCAUAAAUACGAUGCUCCUUUUGCAACGCAUAGGCGCUGUCGCACGUCGAUUCGUCCGUCAAGCUGACGGGGUUGUACUUGGUGAAGCUCUUUGCGACGUUCUUCUUGAUGCCGAUGAAACAAGGAGGUGUAGUUCUUGUAGAGAACAACGGCGGAAAACUGUUGGACCGAACUGGAGGUGAAAACGACGCUGGGCACGAGUUCUUCUUCUCGAAAUCGUCCGCGAGUGGUGCAACUACCGGUGCUGGUGGCUUUGGAACAAGUUCUUAUUUUUCCGGAAUGAUCAACAUGCACGGAGAGGAAGAGGGCUGCAAGGAAAAGAACUUUUCCCCAGCAAAUAAGAUGAACGCGGCCAGCACUCUCACCUUUCACGAGUUGCUUGUCGAGCUGUUGCAUUCCAAUUUUCUCUCCGCCCAAACUAGCACGAACGCGAACACCAACCUCGAUCCGGGGAUGGUUCGGUCCGGUCUGGCGCUGGAAAAUCUGUGGUAUUUACUGAUGCACGGAAGUAGCGGACGAGGUGGUCGACGAGGAGGACCCCGGAAGUAUGAGGCAAAAAUAGAACAACUUCUGGACGAACGAGCAGCAGGAUGUGGACGGACGACCGCAGAAGUUGUGGUGGACUACACAUCCACUUCACAACAGCAGGCACUGUCGCUCGCGGAAAUGAUGUUGGUGUCCACAGGUUCUCCUGCAGGAGGAGCUCCUUCUGUGUUGCCCAAAGUUGUAGUAGAUGACCCAGCGAAGAAGAAAAUGAUGGUGAAAAUCGCGGCGAAUCAUUCCCAUGCGUCAGCCAAACAUCAAACGCACGGCGGCGGAGCUGCAGCCGGGGCUGCCACCAGAACCACCUGUAGUUCAAGAAGAACAUCUACUUCUUUUCAGCAGCAGCAGGUCCGUGAGCGCGUGGAGAACAUCAUCCGAGUUUGGCGGUUGUCGAAGGUGUGCAAAAACAACACAUCAGCUACAGCUUCGACCGGGAAUACAGCGAUGAACACCGUCGAUAUCGCCACCAUCACAAGCCACCUGGAACGGCGGUUGUACUGCGUGUCUUUGUUGGAGGUGAUGCUGAGAGGUGGUGGUGGUGGUGGUGGAUCUGGACAUUAUGAUCAAGGGAACAAUGUGGACGAUGGUCGUAUGGAAGAAGAUUUCUGCGGCAAUAAUUCUACUUCGAACAACGACGUCAACCACGAGCUGCAACUCAUUCAAGAGGUUGUUCUACCCCAGCUGAAACACAUUUACGACGAGUUUCCCCUCACCGCGAGCGAGUUUGGCAGCGCGGGUUUCGGCCGCGGAGGCCAGGGCGCGCUGGCGCACGCGACCUCCGCGCUGCUUCCCGCGGUGAAUUUAAAAAUUGCCAAAUUGUUCUUGCAGCUCCGGCGGACCAACAUUUUUAAACGGGACCACCUGCGGCCCGGGAUGAUGCAGAUGAAGCAAGCGAAUUAUUCUAGUACCAUGGAGAAGAAAGUUGUCGCCUUUCUCCUUCACUUCGUCCAAAAAACGCUCUGUGGAGGCGGCUUUUGGAAAAUGAAGAUGCUUGGAAGUUGUACAACGACGUCUUUGUCAACAUUUGGUACUUCUAACGGGACGCAAGGUCAACAUCUUUCUCGGAUGAAUAAUCAUGCCGCGGUGCAGACCGUCGUUGACAGUUACGAGAAAAAGCUGGACUACUUUUUGCACGAAAUCCUCCCUCUCCUGAAUGGCGUCGGGAGUGGCGACGUAGAAGGUCUUGGUGUCCUCACCGCUCCUGUAGAAGGGGUUGGUUCCUCCUCGUCGAAGAUGCUUCCUCCACCUCUCGAGCUCGACGUCCUCUGUCUCUCCAAGUUGAUGACGUUGUCCAGCGAAGAGCAACUGCAGCUGAAGUCGGCGGACGCUAUCCCUCUGCGGCUCCGGAAGUGCGUGCCGGUGUUUCUGCUGGGUGGUCGUGGGACGAUGAUGAACAAGGAUGUUGAACUUCUACAUGCGACGGAUAGUACUAAAAGUAGUGCGGACCAGCACGCGACGACCACUUCCCAGAGCCUGUACUACUUGCGGAAGAAACUUUAUCGCUAGAAAAAAGUGUUACAGUUACACACAUAGUCUAUGCAAGACCGGCAACACAGACAACCUUUCUCAUGCAGGAAAUGCUUGGGAGUCGCGUUUCCUUCCUGUUUUCCAUUAUGAUCUCCGCAUUACAAGUUUUCUGUGCCACACAGAGAAAAUUUGUGAUGCAGAAACUCCAACAAAUGUGUAACUGUAACACUUUUUUCUCGUGAUAAACUUCUGGUCGUACCUGAUCAACAAGUGCAGCGGUCCGGAAAAAGCUCGGAAGAUGAAGACCACGAUGUUGUUGACCAGGAUGCGGUGAAUACUAUUUCCGACCUUGGUCAACAUAUUGAUAUUGCGCGAGAAAAUUACAAGCCAAAUUCGCACGCAGCUGCACGACAAGCACAAGCUGCUGCGGAGGUGAAAACCUGGCUGUCGCUGUGGGCGAAAAUGCUGUUUUUCCUCAGACAGGACCACGCUGGAGGCCGACAUGCAGAGUUCUUGUUGAGCACUACUACUAGCGACAAGAUGUUGGUACAACAGCGACCCGAUGCAGCAGGAGCCAACAUCAACAUCAUCUCUGGGACGACGACGACGAUGCAAGAACUACGAAGGAGUGCUGAAAACCAAUUGCUGAUCGAGCAGAUUUUCACCCUGUUCCGGUUUCUCUCUACAACAACUUCAAACGCGUUUGAUAUCAAUGUGCAGAAGCAGCUGUUACUUUUCUUCUUCGGCUCGGCUGCGAUCAUCUCGAGUUGUCAUGCGGGACGAGCAUCAAACGGAAUGAAAGUGCAAGAACAUCUUCAACCUGUCAGUCCCUUUCUGAACCUGGCGGAGGGCGGGACGAUGGACGCAGCCCAUUUGCAAGAACUUGCCGUUGCGCUUCUGGAAAACUUCGAUUGCGGUGGGAACAGGAACAACAGCAGUAUAUUGACGAGGAAAACCUCUGCCGGACCGGGGCAAGUGCCAGAACCAGUAUCAUCUACUUCCCAGGACGAAAUAAGCUUGUUUUCCAAAGAAAAAGUGAUCGAAAAGUUCACGAAUUUGCUGCUCUCAAGGAGAAGAGCGGGGCCACAAGAAGGAGGAGAAGCGAGCACGCCGAAGUGGAAGACCUUACUGGUGCAAAUCCUGAUGCGCAAGAUCACGGACCCGGGGCUGUUUUUCCGGUUCGUGAUGAGUCUCGUUUGCAGUGAGGGUGGAGAUCAAAUAAAUCAGGACAAUUUGGAGGACAACUACACCUCCGACGAUUCAUCGGAAUCAACAUCAUCCGAUGGGGGGGAGGAAGAACCACGUAUAAUUGGGGAUAAAAAUCGCGGCGACAAAAUUGCAGACGAGGAUGUACACAUGUUGGUGGAGUCAGAAAACUGCGAAGCAGAUGAACAGCGUCAAGGAAGUAGUGGCACAACAUCAACAAAGGACUACAAGAACCCAGCAUUACAGUUUCUUCUCGAUCUGGUUACCACGACAACGAAGAACGAUUCCAAUCGUAAGAACAACGGAACGAACCUUAACUCGCCAAGAACUCACUUUUUUCAUCCCAUCAUUGCGGAGACGCUUCUCUUCCACCCCGAAGUAACUUCGAAGUUUCUGAGCGAGCGGUUGAAGACGAGUCUUUCCAUGUUGCACCUUCUGCCUGGCGGGAAGAUGAAAACACGGAUCAGGAAAAGAAAAAUGUUGAUCAGGAAUAAAAUUGGGGCGGGAACAAGCAGCACACGACGAGCGGCUCUGGUGUCAAAAAAGUCUUGCAGAAAGAACAGGAAAAAGGUGAACAUCACGACUUCCGGGGGGAGUGCUUCUUUUCCUUCUGCUGGGACAUCAACGGACCAGCAUCCAGGAAAAAGAAACCCGUUUGUGGCCGACAAGGAAGACAAUGCAGCUGGGACCACUACUGCUGCUGCGAGUUGUAGCAGUCAACAAGGUCAGCAACAUCGCGGGUCCUCCUCCGCCUUACUCCCGACCUCACAUUACCCGUUGCGGUACAUUGAAACGCCGGCGGGGAUGCGGGAACAGCAGGAACACGACGGUCAUCAAAAUCUUCAUCCAGAGGGUGCUCCUGAAAAAGAAGAUGCGGAGAAAGUGAUGGAGAUGUUGCAGACGACGCCGGGGAAGGGAAAUAAAACUAACAUGGUGAAGAAACUGAAGCGAGGGUCUACUUCUCCACCCGAACAAGAUGCUGCUGGAAAAAAUUGUAUUGAGGGGGAGAAGCACAAGCAGGUGGAGGGGGAGAGUCAAAAUGUUGAAAAGAGCAUGACUACUGUUGAUUUCCAGUCACCGGAGCAGGAAGUAGUCAAGCGUGAAAUGUUAAAUAUAGCGAACAAGAAGCACAGUGUCGAUACUUCUUCUGCCGCACUUCUAUCAGAAAAGGAUCAUAUGCAGCACGACCAGGUCUUCAUUGGUCUUCAGGCCCAAAAGUUACUGCAACACGUGCUGGAACCUUUUGUAUUGGCGAUCCCCGGGAAAGAGCUCUUCUACGAAGGAGCGACCGGCGAGACAAAAUUUGACGGGGAGCAGGGUAUAGUUGGGAAUCAGAAUCACGCGGACGUUGAGGUUGAAGUGGAAAAAAUGCGAAGACAACUACUGCGUAAAAAGGCCACGAAAAAAUGGAUCCGCCUGGUUUUCUUUGUCCGCCACUGCUACGAGCUGCUGGGGCUGUCCGGGCAGGAGUUAGCGAAAAACGAGCGAUUGAUGCACCAUUUAGUAGCGCUGAAGCCAGAAUGACAGACAUGAAAGAAGAUGUCUACUCUGUCUGCUACUUUUGGAAAAAAGCAGGACAGACUUUUACAGAUGCAAAAAAUCUUCACAAAACUAUAAAGGACCACGACACAACCGACUGAUGCAGUAGUUUUAGUGAAGAUGUUAUUGAAAUAUAAAGAGAACUACUUCCAUUUUACCCCACCAUGCGCAGAUGAAGAUCAGGAUGAGUAGGAGAUGAGGCCUUUUC